AUGAAACUGAGAUUUCAUAAAGAAAAAAAAUCAAUUCAUUUACAUUUUAAAAGAUAUUCUCAUUUAAUUAUCAUUUUUUGCAUAUUAUUUAGUGUAUAUAUUAUUGGAAAUUCUAAUUUUAAAAGUAGACUUGAAAUAGAUAAAAACGAAAGAAUUAACGAAAUUGAUGAAAUUGAGAUAAUCGAGAAAAUAGAGAAAACUGCAAAAAUCAAACAACAACCAAAGAAAUCUGAGAAAAAAGAAAUAUCAUCGGUUUUUAAUAAAUUAUUUUAUGAUUAUGAUGAUGAACUUUUCAUUACUUAUCAACCACAUGGAGGACUUAAUAGUCAACGUAUAUCUUUAUGUAAUGCUAUCACCAUGGCGUAUUAUUUUAAGAGAACUUUAAUCAUACCUCCAUUAAUUUUGGGAAAACCUAUUAGAUAUACAGAUUUCAAUAAAUAUUCAAAAAUUUUAUCAAAAUUAAAGCAUUCAACAGAUUUUCUUCGCUAUUGUGAUCGAGAAGUAGAUGAAAAUCGAAAUUUAUGUAUCGAAUAUCAUAAUUCAUAUACACUUUAUCAAUGGGAUGAAUUAUUUGACUUUAGUUUCAUUAAAAAAUAUGUUAAAGUAGUUCAGUUAGAGAAUUUUAGAAAAGAAAAUUUAUACAAAUUAUCAAAUGUCGAAUAUUUCGAAGAAAUAUAUUUCUUAAAAUCUAAUUCUAAAUUUUACGAUGAAAAUAUUUUUAAUAAAACUUUUUCGAAAGGUUCAAAUAUUCAAUUUCUUUCGGAUUUAAAAAAUAUUUCUCACAGAUUAUUACAUUUCGGAAGUGUUUCAGGAUCAGAUAGAAUUACAUUUUCAUUACCGGAAAAUUUAGAAUUUAGUCAACAACUUUAUGGAUCCUUUUUACCAAAUAAUCCAAUAAUUUUAAGUAUCGUUGAAAACAUAGUUGAAUCACUUGGAAAUUCAUUUAAAUUCGUAUCGACACAUGUUAACUCUAGAAAUUUUAUGAACAGAGUUAAAAAAAAUAAAUUAAUGGGACUUUUAUUUAAAGAAAUUGAAGAAGAAUUUCAAAAUCCAAGUUAUAUUCAUGAUCAAACAUUUCUAGAAUCAAGAUGUAAAUUAAUGUAUCCUGAUAAACCAGAUAUAGUUUUAUAUAUUGCCACUGAUGUAGAACCGGGAGAUAAAAUAAUUAAUGAUAUACUACAACAAUUUCCUUGUACAUUUAGACUUUCAAAUUUUAGUGACCAUUUACAACCAAUAGAAACAUUGAUAAAUCCUUUAGAUGGAUUACUUUUAUCUAAAUUUCUAUUACCACUUAUUGAUCUUAUGGUAGCUGCUCAUUCUUCUAAAGUAUUUACAUUUUCAUUUAGUCCAUUUGAUACUUUUCUUCAAGAUUAUAAUAGAUUUUUGGUAGAAAAAUCAAAAUCUGAAGAUGAAGAUGAAGUUUAUUAA